GAAACGCUUUGUUGACUUAGAUCAAAGAAGCAGACGAUAAACGCUAGGCGCAAGACAAGAUAACGAAAUCCAUUGGGUAUCUGUAUUUUCAUCGGUUAGACUACUGGAGAUUUAACGAACAAAUAUCGUCCAUCGACCGAUUACUGUCUUCAGACCAUCCCUGAGGAGAAAUUAACGAUGACGUGAAGACAGCUGUAUACAAACCUGUCUAAAAGACAAACUUACUACAUUGUACAACAUGGCCCACAAUGGAUUUUAUUUCAUACUCUUGUUCAUUUUCUGGCCGGUAAUUUUCUGUGAUACCUGCAACAACAAAAGCCUACAAAAUACUCCUCCCUAUGAAAUUCAUUACAAAAACGGCGACUUCACCCAGAGCUAUAGCAGUGGGUCGGUCAGUGUGGACUACAAUUUUCCCUCCAAAGUCACUAACGGCAUCCACCAUCACCGAUGGAAUAUCAGAAGUCCGGAAAAUACUUUGAUAAAUAUAACAUUCUUCAGGGGACAACCAUACAACCUAAAUCCGACAGUCAAUAUAUCUUGUCUGUCUCGUAAAGGCAACUUACAGGUGACGGGUCUAUCUGGUCUGAGUGGGCCCUUCUGCAGUGCCCCGGUACAGGAGGGGGAUAUCAUCAAACUAAUGCCUUCCACAGUAUCAGCCACUAAUACUUUAUCAGUUCAUUUCCAAGUCGAUGUAGCAUUUGUGAAUGACUCUUACUUCAGCCUCCAAUACGAAGUUGGCAGAUUUUGCGCUGAAGAAGAGACUCCGGUAGAUAAGGAUAUGGUCCACUGGGCGCCCACUUUUAUGUGUAGAGAGGCUGUGUCCACGUGUCCGUACUCAGCAAAAGGCUACAUGCUUCGCAAGUGCAUUGAUGUGGAUGGAGAACCGACUUGGGGAAGACCAAACUUUGAACAUUGUGUUAGCCAAGCUAUGAAGAAUAUCUUUAACGAGGCAGAGUCUCUUAGAAAUCAGCAGCAAGUUAAUUCGUCAUCAAUUAUAAAAGUCACUGCAAAUCUCGCCGACGUUCUAUCCAAAAGAAAAUCGAACACGUCUCUUUAUCCUGGGGAUUUGACAGAGGCAACUCGGACCGUAGUGACUCUAUCCGAGGUUACAGCAAAUGCAAGCGUUCAUAGCGAUUCUUUGUUGGAGCUAGCAGUGGGAUACGGAAAGGCUGUAAACGAAAUAAUUGAUCCGGAAACAACCAAUAUGUGGAAAAUACUGGCUUUUACAACCGUGGAAAGAAAACUCAUCAACAUUUUAGACGCCGUUGAAACUCUUUCUUCUAACAUAGCAAAGAAGAAAAUUUCUUUGUUGAGGAGAACUUAUCGUUCUGUGCACAAUUAUUCAAUUCAUGAUCGCAUCAAUGUUUCUCAUGAAAAUUUAGAUUUCGAAAUUUCAUUUCAUGAGAGGGUAGCGAUGUGUGAAGACACCGUAGAUUUUACCGUUGGACCUUCCCUGACCAAUCAUUUGGUUCUGACGUCAUCAGUAUUUAAAGCAGCCAUCAGCUCUUCGAAAGAUAAUUAUAUUCAGAUUUAUACGGGGAGGUUCCCAACAAUUCCAAACAUAUUGUCAACAGCAGCAGAGGAAGAAACCAAGUACCAAUAUAUAAAUCGAAAUAUGUCUCGGCAAAGUCAAUACAUUAACUCGGACAUAGUAUCAGCCAGGGUGUUGAAUACCCCGGAGUCGGCGUACCAAGACCUAAGUCACCCCAUCACCAUCGUGUUCCGUGUGGAGAAUACAACAUGGAAUUCAUCUUUUCAACGAAUUUGUGUUGCACUUAAUAUGAGCGAUAGUUCCGUCGAUAACCGCUGGUCUCCAGAUGGAUGCCAUUUAGACAGAAGAAGUAGCAAUGCUACUCACGCAGUCUGUAUGUGCUCGCAUAUGACGAACUUUGCCAUUCUGAUGGACGUUUUUGAAGUUCAGAACCACAUCGACAACGAUAACUCCAUGAUUUUGACCGUUAUGACGUAUGUCGGGUGCGGUCUCUCAAUCUUGGGCUGUCUCAUCACAGUCAUCAUAUUCGAGUUUUUCAGACUCAAAAAGGAAAGAAUAAAAAUCCACGAGCAGCUUGCAGUGAGCAUUAUCCUGGUACAGUUGGUGUAUUUGGUGGGGAUAGAUCGGACAGAGAACCAGUAUGCGUGUAUGUCCAUGGCUAUUCUAUUACACUAUUUCCUGCUGACUAUGUUCAGUUGGAUGCUCGUGGAGGGUUUCCAUCUUUACAUCAUGUUAGUCCAAGUCUUCAAGACAAACCGCAACUUCAGGAAAUACUUGGCAUUUGGAUGGGGUUUGCCUUUGGUGAUUGUGGGAAUAUCGGCCGGGAUUUUUCACGACGAAUAUGGCACCAAAACAGCGUGUUGGUUGACCCAAAAGGUAUUGCUGGUUGCAUUUAUUCCAGCGGUGGGACUUCUGAUAUUGCUGAACACUGUUGUUUUGUUUGUUGUUCUGCGGACCAUGAUGCGUUCUAUAACCGUGUCAGCCAAGAUAGGGACAGACGAACGCUCCAGUGUCAGGACUGGUUUAAAAGCUGCUGCUGUUUUGCUACCGAUUCUCGGCUUAACGUGGAUAUUGGGGUUCUUCUCAGUUGAUUCAAAAGAAACGCUUAUAUUUACGUACCUUUUUACAUUCUUGAACUCUUUGCAGGGCGUUUUCUUCUUCCUGUUCCAUUGCCUGAUGAGCACGGAUGUGAAGACUGCAUUUGAGCGCAGGUCUCAGCGAAAGAGUCGUUCAAGUCUGUCAGCCACCCUCGGGAAGUCCAAUAAGAACGACAGAUUGAUUGACAACCGCAAAUCAUCUACGUCGGACACGUCUAUGACUGAAGUGUCUCUAUCCAAGUCAACCCCGCCCAUCAAUGGAAUUUCUCAGAACGAGGCUGGCUGGGAGAACUAUGGAUACGACCAUCCACCCGAGUUCUUUACGCGGUCGUUCAGUGACGGCAUCCCCUCGUGGAAAAACAUCAACAAUCUACGCGCGCUUCAUACGCACUAUCAGACGACAGACGACAUCUACGCAUCACACAACAUCACGCAUCCUAUUGACCUGCAACAAUCAAUCGAAGCAAUAUACAGCAAACCGAUAAAGAGGCGAGACCGAGGGAAUCACGUCCAUUUCAAUGAUGACAUGGAGUUGAAUGGACGCAAAACUGGCACCAUUGACUCGCCGAUUCUUCAUUUAAACGGUCCAUAUAACAACAUGUUCGAAAAAAACUGGUCAAAGAGUUUUCUGGCCGAAAUUCAAGAGAAAGCCAAUAACAUAAAGCUGAGGAACUCUUUGGCAAUUGAAAACGGGAGGCUUGAAGUUUAGAUUCAAUGGACACUAAAUGGAAAGUUUAGCAUUGUAUUUAUUUAGAUAGAAGAGUAAUUGCUUACACAUUAUUUUGUUAAGAAGUAAUUUGCAGAAGUUAUAUAAAACUUGAAGAAAAAAAAUAAAUCCGACAAUAAUACAAGUAAAUGUUUAAUUAAGCUAAAACGCAUAAAUUUCCUGAACUUUUUUGAUACAUGCGUUUUGUAUUACAAUGUUAUCUGCACUUGUAAUGUUUAAAGUGUGUUGUUGUAAUUACUAAGGGAGGGUGCAUGCUCAGAAUUUUCCCCUCCAUCGCGGGUUUCUCCGAUGUUUAGCCCUUUUUGAUGCUUUGUGUCUCUGUGAAUUUUUUCCCCCUUAAUUAUGCAUGACGGUUGGUCUUAACAUGGUCUCACCAUCGUCAGGUUCCAAAAUCUAGAGAGGGUUAAGGGUAGCGCAAUAAAUCAAGAAUUUUCCUUCCAUUUAUAGUGGGGGUUUUUUAAUGAUGACUUACGUUAAUUGACUAAUUUAUUUUGGUAUAUUUUCACUGAUGGAAUGGGAAUAAUAUUUACGAAAACAAUUCAAAUUCAAUAAGAGAGUUAGCCCAGGAUCUUUUAUUUUCUAGGAUGCAUCUUAUCAAAAAACAAACAGAAAAAUUUCAACCGAACUUGACACAACGCAUAAGCUUCCAAAUUAUUCAAUAAGCCAAGCCUUAUUUUAUCAUCAUGAGAAAAAGGAGAAAUCUGGAAAAAUAAUAAUCUCAAAGAGUAUUUGGGUAAAAGGUAGUGAAUACAUUGUUAAUCUUUUUUACAUGAUAAAAUUUCAUUUUCAAAAAUAAUGCUAACC